AUGCCAGCACCCAAGGCCCGUAAGGGCAUGGAGACCCCACCAACCCGCGUAACUCCUGCUAGACAAGCGAAGAGAAAACGAGAAGAGGCCGACGUUGACAGUCUAGUCACGAAACUGCCCAAGAAAAGUGACGAGGAUGACGUAACCCGCGAUCACUUGGCCGCCUUCCACGAAGACCUCCGCACGACAGGGAAGGGCGACGACUGGUCCGAGGCUCACCAAAAGCUCUACGACUAUUUAAAAGAAGGGGUACACUCUACACGCGCCCAAAUACCCUAUAUGUGA